UGUCACCCAGUCAGGUCCAAGUGCCAGGUACCGAAUUAGCGCAGCGCACUGAUCAACGGAUCUCAAGCCUCACGGAAACGGUCUCACACUCUGCCGUCACAUCCUGAAUCCUUGCAUUAUUCCAGAUCAUGGCGUCCGAGGCCCGCUUCGUUGAGAACAGAACCCGUUUGGUUUCCCACUUUGAUGAAUACAAGACACGGGAUGCGCAAGGCGACGGGUGGGCCAAACUAUGGGAAAAGAAUGAGCAGGAUCUGUGGGAUCGGGGCCAGCCUUCGCCUGCAUUGACUACAUUCCUGGAAGAACAUCCUUAUCGUGAGACGCUGUUUCAAGACAAGACUAGACGACAAUUGAAGGCCUUUGUACCCGGCUGCGGAAAAGGACAUGAUGUGGCGCUCUUAGCACGCCAUCGCUUCAAGACGUGGGGUCUUGAAAUUUCUCAGGGAGCAGUGGAUGUUGCAAAUCAAAACGUAAAAUCCUACUUGGAGCCUUCGGCUGGUCAUCAUGCUGACGUCGUGCUCGGCGACUUCUUCAAGAAGGAUAUCGAGGCCCAUCUUGGGCCAGACUUCCAUGGCUUCGAUCUGAUCUAUGAUUAUACGUUCCUGUGUGCCCUACUUCCUGAGAUGAGAAAAGACUGGGCUGAGCGCAUGAAAAGUCUUUUGUCGCCAACUGGCGUCCUCGUAUGCCUCGAGUUCCCCAUGUGGAAGCCUUUGAAAGAUCAGGGCCCGCCUUGGGGUCUCAAUGGCGUACACUGGAAUCUUUUGGCUGAAGGUGCUGACGGUCUAUUUGACGAAUCCGGCAAUCUUCUUGGAGGCGGCCAAGAAAAGGGCUCAUUCGAGAGAGUCGUAUACUGGAAGCCACCAGUUUCGUUUAAGCAGAGCCGCGGUGAAGACAUGCUCAGCGUAUGGAAGUUAAAGCAGUAGACCCCGACGUAAUUGGGGCUUGUUGUCAUGCUCCAUCAAUAACUUUCAGCAGCAAAUUUCCACAUGGUAACACUGUUCGCACACGAAGCCUAGAAGUCUU